UUCACUUCCACAUGACGCCAUUUACAGCAUAAACCCGACCUCCUCUCCGGAAAGAAGAAAAAAACAAGUGCAGAAAAACUUGAAAGCACCACAGUGUGUGCAAUGCAGCCAAACAUUCAACUUGCGCACCGCAACGCUUCUUCUUGAGAAACUAUUCAGCCCUUUUUUUUCUUUAUGAACUCGGCUAAUUUUGUUGGAUUUUGGAACUUAUUUUAUUUUAUGGCUAAAUAAGCGGUUUACACGCCUAAGUUAAACUGUUGGUGCUUUAAACUGAGUUCUACUUGGAAUAAAAUUCUGACCUUAUUUUUUCGCGCGAGUUACGCGAAGAAAAAAUUACGGCGACUACGGGGACGCGCGUGUAUUUGCUAUCAUCGGGAUUUUUGUGAAUGAAAUUCCCAAUGAACUGAGGACUAACCAAAGAGAAAUUCCUACUAGUAGGGUAUAGUCUUCACAACACAAAUAGGGGGUUGAGGUGGUGAGAUCACGGACUUCAGAUGUGUUCAAUGCCAGCCGGAGAGUUCCCACUUCAGAGUAAAGAUGGAGACGAGAACUCAAAAUGGCAGCAGCGGCUCCUUUGGCUUGCUGCGAGCUUUGCGUGACACUGGCAGACCCCAGGCUGGGGACCCAGAGCCUUUGGAGGGUCAGGUGCUCUCCCUGGACGAGAUAAGGACCAUCCGAAGCAGCAAUGAGUAUACGGAGGGCCCAACUGUGGCGCCCCGGCCGCCGGCCUCCCAGCAGAAAACGGACUCGCAACCUUCUAGCCCGACUUCCACCACCUCUAAUGAGCUCUCUGAGAACAGAAGCUCCCCGAGGGUGCAGCAAGUUUCUCAAACUCCUCAACAACCCCCUCAGUCGCCAAGGAGCGCUGUAAGCAGAUCCACUAGUGCAACCAGUGAUGGUUCAGGCAGUAGUGCGAGGGCCAGUACAGGCAGCACCUCAUCGGAGCAAAGACUUUUGGCGAAUGCAGGCGGGACAGGUGAUCGGAUUGUGAGGGUGCAACCUAAACGUUCAGACCUGAAACAAGAGGAACUCAAGCCCCUUGCAGUGCCUGGAGUGAAGGAAGAUGAUAGGAAGCACUCAAAUCGGUGUGCUGACUGUGGUCGUUGCAAGUGCGAAAGGUGCACCUGCCCUCGGACUUUGCCUUCCUGUUGGAUGUGUGGUCGCAGGUGCCUUUGCUCCGCAACGACAUCGAUGGACUACGUCACUUGUGUUUGUUGCGUCAAGGGCCUCUUCUACCACUGCUCUAGUGACGACGAGGAUGUGUGUGCGGACAAACCAUUCUCUUGCAACCAGUCGCAUUGUUGUUUGCGCUGGUCGGCCAUAAGUGUCCUGGCACUGUUCUUACCCUGCCUCCUUUGCUACCUUCCAGCGAAGGGUUGCGUGGCGUUGUGCCAGACGUGCUACGACUGCACCAAUCGACCAGGGUGUCACUGCAAGAACAAAGGAGUUGACAUAUAAAGGAAACUUAGUCCGUGGAGUAGCACUGCAAAGAUAGCCUUAUCUGGGACAAUCUCAACGCACCCAGAGCCGUGGAAAUAUCCGCAAAUUGUUGUAGUUUUGGCACUGUAGACCAAGAGGUGACAUUGGAUUGGAAAAAACUUGUUUGAAGUGGUUUGCUUGUUUGUUUGUUUUGCUUUUCUCUUAGUCUCUUUCUUUCUCUUUUACUCUUUAAGAGGGGGAAAUGUUUUUUUGCGACAAUUUUCCUAUGUCAUUUUCAUUUAAACUGAAGUCCAGAAUGUUAGCCCUAUUGACAUUCAGUAAUAUGACUGAUAAAGGUGACAGACUUUCCUAACUAACUGUUUGUGAAUAGUAUCUGCAAAGUAUGUAAAUUAGCAAAUGAGCUCUUUUCUGAGAGAUUUUAUUUUUGUACAUAUAAUAUUUCAACUGUGAAAAGCAUUGUGCCAAACCAGAGGCACCUUGAUAGAUCCAUAUAUAAGAUGCAUAUAUAAAACUUGUAUAGUGUUGUACAUUCAUUUUGAAUGUACGUCAAUCACUUUUUUGAUAUUUUGCCUUAUAAGAGAGACCUUACAUGAAUUAUCCCUACAGCUAUACUUGUAAAUUGUACAGUGACCCUAAGAAAACUUUAUUUUCUAAUUUCAAACACAUUGUUUAGUGUAAAAAUAUUUAUUUGAAGUUUUAUUAUUUUAUAAAGUAAUAUUUAUUUCGAGACGCAUCUUUAUAGACAUCACCCCAACUUUGAGACAAAAAACCUCCUCUGUUGUUGCUGCAAAAAAGGGUGACAAGGGUGUCAAAUCUGAUGCAUAUGUUCACUAUAAAAUAGAAAAUAUAUUAACGUUUUGAAAUUAAACAA